UAUUGUUGGAAUCCAUUUGACGGUUCUUAUUCUGAGAUAUCGCCUGAACUGAUCGGUGCCGAUAGAGGGCCUGUACGAAGUGUACGGUGGUCGCUGGAUGGGACUUGUCUUGCUAUUGGAUUAAGCGGCGGUGUUCAAUUCUGGGACUUGGUAAGAUUUAAACUCAUUCGUUCUCUUAUGAGUCAUGAAAUCCUUCGUGUUGAUUCCCUUGAUUGGAAGAAUGCUAAAAUUCUGACUUGUGGCACAAGUGAGGGUUCAAUUGUGGACAUUGACGUGAGAGUCAAGUCAUCUAUUUUGCUUGGUAGACAUGAAGUACAUAGAGGUGGAGUUUGUAAAUUGAAGUGGUGUGAUAAUGAGAAACAAUUGGCAAGCGGUGGGAUUGAUAAGGUUGUUCAUAUUUGGGAUUGUUCAAAGUCAUCAAGUUGGCUGCAUAAGUUUGAUGAACAUAAGGCGGCAGUUAGAGCCAUCUGUUGGUGUCCCUCUGAGCACAAUGUUCUUGCAUCAGGCGGGGGUGUGGAUGAUCAUUGCAUUAAAUUUUGGGACACGCAGAAGGGGGAGAGGUUAGAUUCUGUGGAUACGGGGUCUGAAGUUUGUGAACUGAUUUGGAGCAAACAUGAGCGCGAGGUUUUAAGCUCACAUGGGUCUAAAAGUAACCAUAUGACUCUCUGGAAGUAUCCUUUUAUGCUUAAGUUAACUGAGCUGCGUGCUCAUAGUUCAAGAGUUUUAUAUAUGUCUCAGAGCCCAGAUGGAUACUCAGUUGCUUCAGCAGCACCUCAUGAUUCAGUAAGUAUAUGGAAAAACCUCUUUGGCACUCCUGGCUCACAUAAAGUUCCACCUAGAAAGAGGAAGCCAGGUACUUUCUCUGACUUUCCCCUUAUCAGGUCUUCUUUUCACUGGUUUCUUUGCAUAUAUGUCAUCUGUUGUUGUUUGAGAGAAAUUGAUGCUGGAAUUAGAGUUUGAUAGAGCUGAAAGUAUAUGUGAUCUUGGGACUUCAUUUCCAUGACAGUUACUUAUUUUAUUGGUUUUGCAAAGGUGAGCAUUCAUAUGUAUUUGUCAGAUUGUGUAUUAUAGCUGAUCUUUUUAAUACUCUAUUACUUCCAAUUGUUAGCUAUUAAUCUUUUGUUUCGAUCCUUCAACUCUUUUGUUAGACAUUUAUCUUUGG